AUGGACAGUAAUAUUGGCGACAUACUGGAUAGUGCUGCUGGAAAGGCGCAGAAGGCACAGGGAGAGUCAUUAAGCACGUUUCUGGCAUCUCUCACAACGUCAGCAAUUAUACUUGGGCUGGGGGCCAUCGCAUAUUCGCUCCUUAACUCUAGGAUCCCAGAGUAUUACUCACAAUCGCGUCAAACGUCCGACUCAGAAUGGAAGCCAGUUUCGCUGUCGCCGCGGAUGCUCGUCUUCCCGGGGCCAGAUCCCCACUUAAAGCAUCCGUCUAAUCUCGACAACUACUUCUUCGACCGGUAUUUGCACACUAUAACAAGGAUUUUCCUUCUGCUGGGACUGACUGUACCGCCUCUCCUUAUCCCAUUGAAUGUGGUCGAUGGCAAGGACGAAAUUGGAGGAGUAAAGGGACUCGAUCGCCUUAGCUUUUCGAACGUCAGCUUCUCGCACACAGAUAGAUAUUGGGUCCAUCUUGGGGUUGCUAUAUUUGUGGUUACUUCGGUCUGCCACGUACUUCGGCGCGAGGUGCGGGAGUACGCGCGAAUCCAGAGCGUUUCUCAUCUAUGUGUUCGUAGGUCAUCCCUCCUGAUCACGAGCUCGAUACAACAGCCCUCUUCCAAGGCAAUCCGGCGACAUUUCCGCAAAACUGCAGGCGGUAUACGGUCCAUAACGAUAAACCGGGAUUAUAGCGACUUACAGGCCAAAUUGCGCCGACGAGAUGCGUCACUAAGGAAUCUGGAGAUUGCCGAAACCAGCCUAAUAAUGAAAGCAAACUACAAGAAAAGGAUCGGCUGUACCAAGGAUAAAAUGGACGCAGUAUACCGCCAUCCGAUGCCCCUGUGGAUGAAGUAUCUAGACCAGAAGGACCGCGCAUCAGUUCGCCUCCCUAAAUUUCCAUGGCUCUGUCGUUUGCCAUUUGUUGGAGCGCAGGUCGAUGCAAUCCGUUAUUUCCGUACGGAAGUUGCCCAAUUAAAUAUCGAGAUCGAGCGGGACCAGGAGCAUCCGGAAAAGUUCCCUCAAACCACCUCCUCCCUUGUCCAUUUUAACCAAAGCAUUUCAACGCAGCUUGCGACCAUAGCGCUCGAAGCGCGAAUCCCUCCGUCUUGGACGCUCAAACAUGGUACUACCCCAAGUGACACAAUAUGGCCUCACGUCUCUAUUAGCUGGUGGCGGCAGUGUAUUCGGACAGCUGUGGUCUAUCUUCUCGUCACUGCGCUUAUACUUGGCUUCGCGGUCCCAGUCACAAUCAUAGGGUCACUUUCUCAGAUCAAAUAUCUCACCAAUGUGGUGCCUUGGCUGCAACGGAUAGGAAGUCUUCCAAUCUGGCUCGUUGCGGUUAUUCAAGGAGUGUUGCCGCCAAUACUCUUAGCCGUGGCUACCGCUGCCGUUCCUAUCCUGAUCCGCUUCCUCACGAACCUCGAGGGGCUUCAUUCGCGUCAAGCUACCGAGAACCAUAUCCAAAUCUAUUACUUUGCUUUCCUCUUCGUGCAGGGAUUUCUUACAAUAUCCUUAUCAGCAGGUAUCACAACCAUCGUAGGAGAAUUAUCCACCACGGUCCAAGCCGUACCUGCAGUCCUUGCGCAAAAUUUACCCAAGGCGUGUAACUACUUCUUCUCUUAUAUUAUUAUGAGUGCUGUUACGGCAGUCGUUUGCACUCUGAUACGUGUCAACCAACUUCUAAAUUUGUUCGUUCUCUCCCCUAUGCUCGACAAGUCUGCUAGACAGAAGUGGGUGAGGGGAGAGAAUGUGCGACUGCGAAAAUGGGGGACGUUGAUGCCGGUCUUGACAAAUGUUGCAUGUAUAGGUCUUAUCUAUUCGGUGAUCGCCCCACUUAUUCUAAUCUUUAGUGGUAUCUAUUUUGGAGCGCUGUGGAUUUUAUAUCGAUCCUAUCCUCCGAAACUCACAGAGUCUGAUAUUGGCACCAGCGGGCUGUUUUAUCCCACAGCAAUACACCAGCUCUUCACCGGCAUCUACUUUAUGGAAUUGUGCUUGGCUGGCUUAUUCUUUCUUGUCCGCGAUGCCGACGGCAGAGCGGCAUGCACCACGCAGGCAACAAUUAUGAUCGUGGUUACCGCAUUAACUACAUUGUUCCAUUAUACUAUAGAUAGUAGUCAUUGGAUACGUUGGCUGCGUCUAGACGCUCUCAAGCAGAAAAUUGAGCGAAUUGGAGGCCAAGGCAAGGAUAGGAGGGAGGUUAACGAGCUCUCAACUACGAACCCGAGGAUACUCCAACCGGAUCCUGUUCAAGACGAGGCUCUGGUCGCUUCUCGUCCCGUCGUAUGGAUUCCGAAAGAUAAGCUUGGGGUUUCAGAUGAUGAGAUCUCCCAUGUAAGGCGAGCCUAUGAGAGUAUCUGGAUCAGCAAUGAAGGGGCAUCUCUGGACGAGCGGGGCAAGCUCAAAUUAUGGUGUCCGCCGCCAUAG